GUGCUGUUGUGUAUGUAUUAUGCCUACCGCAACACUUAUCAUCAUUUGUCUUCCUUGUUCAAGUUACUCUCAUUCGACAACACACUGUGUAGCUUGACUCUUAAUGUUAUUGUUUACAACUAUUGAUUCUUUUUUAUAGAGCUCUACCAGGAAUUGUAGCCAGCUCAAGACAAAAGAGAUAACAUUUUACAUUUUCUGUAUUCGACAUACAAGAUCUUGUCAUGAUGUUGACGGAACUAUUGUUGAUUUUUGUUUUGGUGGACUCUAUUCAAACCACUGUUUCAGUUAAAUAUCAUGGUGAUGUGUGCAGUGACUCUACCAGCUGUGAUGUUAAUACAUCUUGUGUGUUGAGUGUUGAUAAAAAAACACGUUGUCUUUGCUCUGAUGAUGAAUACAGAAGUGACAACCAUCAAUGUGUCUACAUUAAUACCCUGCUAGUUCAAAACGUGAGAACGGUUAAGGCCACAUGGAAUAUUGUUCAAUUAAGUUGGUCCACUCGAUACGUCAACUACAAGGAAGCCAAGUUCAAUGUUUCGUACGAGGACACUUACACUCUAGGAGAUGAAAGUGGAGUUACUAUUUACAACUUAAAGUCUUGUACACUAUACACGUUCACUAUUCAAGUUAUUCUUUUUAAAAAUCAACUUUACAAGGCCAGAUAUGGACCACCUGUAACUCACAUUGCUCAAACACUGCUCAAACAAGAUUCUAAAAAGUCUCAUGGAGAACAAUGCACUAAAGGUGUAGACUCUUGUCAAACUGAAUUGUUGUGUGUACAAAAUAGAAACCAAGAGGAUCGUUGUCUCUGUGAUACAAAUCAUUACUGGAAUGACCACAACGAGUGUAUCUCCAAGUCAACGUUGACAAUUAAGAACUUCACCGCUAAAAAUAUUUCCUCUACAAGUGUGAAACUCUCCUGGUCUAUAGAUCCUCUUCAUAAAUCUUCUGCUCAAUUUAAGGUCGGAUACGGAGAUGGAGACUUUAAAUUAUUUCACUGGGAUGUAAUGGUUGCCACUAUAGACCGGCUAAAACCUAAAACAGUGUAUUCAUUUAGCAUAAAAGUAGAAAUACCAGCUGACAAUAAUUAUAAUCUUACUGAAGGACUACCAAGUAUAUGCCUUAUACAAACAACGUCAAACACCGGAACUUACCCCAACAACAUUAUGCUAAAAACAGCAAGUGUUGCCCAUAGGACUAUUUUAUCAACAACAACGUUAUCAACAACAACUUUAUCAACAACAGCAUUACGGUCCAAGAAUACAAAAUCAGUAGAUGAAACUCCCAGACAUGUUCCCCGAAGUACUACUCUUGUUACUCUUAUUUCAAGAGGAAGUGAACUUUUUCAAGCAAAGACUGUCUCAAUCACUACGGCAGUUGAACAUGGUGAAUUCAAAGAUUCUGAUUCAAUCAGCCUAAUCAUAUUUCUGCUUGUCACAGUCUCUCUAAGUCUGUUGCUGGUUACAUCCAUUGUUAUAAAUAUCAUCUUGAUGUACAAGCGACGGAAAAGCCCCAGACAUACACGGAACAGACAGAAUGUGUACCAUACAACAAAUGAAAGUCACCAGGAGACUCAUCAAUACUUUGAUACAACACAUCUAAACCAGAGCCAUUACGAUGAAGUGACUGACCUGGCCAUAAAACACUACAUUAACUAAAUGUUGACCUACACAAUUUUUAUCACGUGUAAUUGAUUGCAUUAAUUGUUUCUAAACACGUUUCUCUUCUGUCUUCCCUCUCACGUCUCCCCUCUCUACUGCUCCAAUUCAUAUAGAGACUAAUAUAGAGCUUAUACCUUUUGUGCUACAUUAGUUGAUUUGCGUCCCCUUAUCAAAAUCUUUAGCCUUUUUUUUAUUUUUAUCAACUUAUUUUGAAAACUUAAUAAAAACAACAUGUUGAUAGUCAUCGUCAAAUGUGACAAAAUAUCCAGGUCAUGAAUGGGUCUGUGUAUUCUCGUGAGAUAUUGAAUUGUCCUUUGUACUCUAGACUCAGAAACAUCGACUUGUUAAAUAGUAUUUAAUUCUUUUGUUAUGUGUUAUUGCUACUGAUGUUAAUAGUUUUUAAGAAAUAUUUUUAAAGAAAUUAUGAAAAAGAUAACAUGACGUUCAUUUGGAUAAUUGGAAAAGAAAUUGUAUAAGUGAUGUACAUGUGUAAGGAAUAGUUAGAUAUAAUAAUUGUGUUGGUUAUGAAUAAUUGUUUUCACAAUAUGAUAUUAGCGAGGAGAAAUCAAAUGUUUGGCUUGUUUACAGACUGCUUGCUGAAGGCGGUGUGAAUGUAGUGAUGGUAACUUCCACUUCCUUCACAUUAAACUAAGUAAUUGGUCAUCAAGCUACGUGAUGCACAUUUACUUUGGUGGCAUAGUGCAGCGAGGUGCCAAUACUUCAUGAAUGUGAUAACCUAAAAUACUAGCCCCAUAGACACAUUUGACAAGAAAAUAAAUACAAAUAUCUUUUAAAAAAAUGGCGGUGUUAAUUACUAAGUAAAACUUAAUCCAGUACAUCUUUAUUCAGUUCAUCUUUGACUAAAUUGUAUUUAAUGUGAUUACUAAUAGGUAAAAGAUACAUAGAGAACAGAGGCAGGUCUGUAAGUUCCCCUUUCAGACCUGUAAAGUAAAUUUCAACUUUCAGACCUUGCGAUCUAUAGAGCACAUAAUGUAAAGUUCUUCUAUUUCUAUGGCCUGGGUUAAUGAGGAUGUAAUGUAACACGCACAACGACCCAGAGGCGCCCAAAGAUCCCGAAAUUAAAAAGCCUAGCCUUCACCAGGAUUCGAACCCGAAACCUCGAAAGCUAAGCGCUUUAUAGCUCAGCAAUCCCACCUCCUUCACCCAGGUCUGUUAGCAAAUUAAUUGUAAAGUGAUGUUUGUAAAAUGUUUUAGAUGUUUCGGAUGUUCCUUCAGAGUUGAAGAUGAUUAAAUUCAUAGUCCAAAUCUCCCGCAGGACAGAGUUAGAUCCCGGGACCAUCGAAAAGUCCAAACAACAGUCCAGCGCGCUAACCGCACGACCAGAUAGUGCAUCAUAGGACUGUACUUUUUACCAUGAGAUGUACAAACUGAUUCUACCAUUUUUAAGUUUAAGUCUCUAAUGCAGUUUUUCUUAAACUGUAUUCCGCGGAACCCCAGUAUUCAGCAAGGUCAAAAUAGGUGUUCCACGGACUUAUAAUUGGCCUCCUUCAGACGUAGAACGACUUUUUCAUAUGACUGUGAGACGCUCCUGUCCACAUUAAUUGCAGGUCAAGGUGGCUUUCACUUUGGUGGUAGUGGAGCUGGCCAUUUUUCGUAAGGCACGCUUUUCUUUAAGAGCUGAGGCCCAUGUUUUUUACUGUCCAUUGCUUUCUUGGUCACCGUCUCUCUCCAACUAGUGCGCUCUAAGGAAGGCCAUGUCUUUCCAAUGGUCAGUAUCAACUAACUACUGGAAUAAUUAACUAGUAGGCCAUCAUGUGAAUUAAUAUCUCUUAAAAAUAAGCAGUGUUCCGCUAAAUACUCAGAAUGUGCGAAGUUUGAGAAACACUUGUAAAAAAAUAUAGCUUUUAAAUGUCGCUACUUUCAUGCUUAUAGCGUGUUCCGAGCGCUUUGAUCCAAUCUCAUUUGUA